GUGUUGAUAUCUCCGUUCUUGAACUGAAAUCUUCCAUGCUCGCCCAAGUUGAACAGUUGUUGCAAACAAAUGGUCAGACCUUAAAAGAAUUUGCUGAUAUGUCAUUUCCAGAUCCAUUGGAUUCUAUUGAACCUUAUGACACAGUAUUCUUUGAUGAGCUCAAUUUCAAUAGAACUGAUCUAGCAACCAUUUCAGCCGAUCUGGUUUCCCACUUGAAUCGUCCACAGCGUGUUGCAUACGACACAAUCUCCAACGCAGUUAGCAGUACCAUGGGUGGAUUUUUUUUUUGUUUAUAGAUAUGGUGGAACUGGGAAGACUUUUCUUUGGAAUGCGCUUUCUGCUUCCAUAAGGUCGAAAGGUCAAAUUGUCCUCAACAUUGCAUCCAGCGGCAUUGCAUCGUUAUUGUUACCAAGUGUCAGAACUGCCCAUUCAUGGUUUAAAGUUCCGCUUAGUGUCAACCAAGAUUCUGUCUGUAACAUAAAACAAGACACAUCGUUGGCACGUCUUAUUUCAGCUGCAAAAUUAAUCAUAUGGGACGAGGCACCUAUGCUAAACAAAUACUGCUACGAAGCACUCGACAAGUGCUUCAAGGAUAUUCUUCGUUUUAGCAAUGCGUUUAAGCCUAAUGCUCCUUUUGGUGGAAAAGUUGUGUUCUUGGAGGUGUUGAGGUUGACCGAAAACAUGAGGUUGCGUGGCUGUUCACAGGAUAUCCGCGAUGUUGAGUUAAAGAAGUUUGCUGACUGGAUCCUUAACUUAGGUGACGGGUUAUUGGGAGACAGUUCCGAUGAUAUCUUACUUCAUAUUUCCAGCGCCGACUACUUUAAGGACAAGAGUAUAUUAGCACCAACACUUGAUGUGGUGACCGAAGUUAACAAUCAUGUCAUGUCUUUGCUUCUUGGCAAUGAACGGGUUUAUUUGAGUUCUGAUACACUGUUGAAUGAAGACGGUCACUUAGAAUCCGAAUUGUACACAAUGAGCACAGAGUCUUUGAAUGCAUUGAAUUGUUCUGGUAUUCCACAACACAAGUUAGUGCUUAAGAUUGGUGUGCCAGUCAUGCUUCUUCGCAAUAUUGACCAAUCUAAUGGAUUGUGCAACGGCACAUGGAUGCAAGUUAGGCGACUUGGUGAUCAUGUUAUUGAAUGCGUCAUCUUAGCAGGGCGAAACGUUUGUAAGGUUGUUUUAAUUCCAAGGAUGAACAUGAUCCCCAACAAUGAAACCUUACUUAUCAGGUUUAUCCGAAGGCAGUUUCCAAUUAUGCUUUGUUUUGCAAUGGCAAUAAACAAGUCCCAAGGACAGACACUCUCAACUGUUGGUGUGUAUCUUUCAAGGCCCGUUUUCACACAUGAUCAGCUUUGUGUUGCACUUUUCCGAGUCAACAGUAUGUCUGGUCUCAAGAUCUUGAUUAUUGAUUCCAAUGGAACCGCAUCAAAUCAUACUCUUAAUAUUGUGUACAGGAAAGUCUUUGUCAAUUUAUUUUCUCCCCUUCAGUCAUUACUGUGAUAUUCAAGUUGGCUGAUGCAAUGUUCCCAUACUUAGCACGGAUCUUAAAACUAGUAUACCAUAGAGUUAGAGAAUACCUAUCUGCACUACGUUAAUAACCCUGUUAAAUGGAAAGAAAA